UGGAACAGCUUCAAGUUAAUAAAAGAUAUCAAAAAUUGCUCUCAGCAACGUUUUAAAAUCAAAAGUUUCAUUUUCAAACAUUUUUUCGACUCAAAAUCUUUAGUAUCUUCUUUUAAAAUUCCAAAUUAAUCCACAAAUGGAUGUUCAAAAUUUUCGUAUGCUUCAAAAUUUAAAGUUCAAAGAACAAAAACUCGAGGAAAAGCUUUACAAACAAAAAUCAAUAUUACAACGAUUGCGAAUGGAAUAUGAAAGCUUAAAGAAUGAUAAAGAAGUGAACACAACACCAGCAGAAAAGCUCAAACAAAAGAAAAAUCUCCGUAGUAUCUACACAUUCAAGUUGCCAGCAAGUAAACAAAAGAGUGACUUUGAAAAACCUGAUAGGUUUCGGAAUGGCUGGAUUCAACGACCACUUACUGAGCUUCCUCAUAAGAUUCAAGAAUUAAAUAUGCAACGUAAUAGAAUGAUUGAGCUAGGAAAUUCAUAUUCUGAGAACAAUAAAAAUUGUCCAUUAACAACAAAAACAAUUAGGAAUGUGAAGUCUCAGCACGAGAUGAAAUAUGAGAUGUUGAAUCGUGCAAAGCUGUUGGGAAAUCAUUACUCAUUCCAUUUUCGUCAACACCAUCCACUAAAAGUGUAUAAGAAGAGUAUUGAUGGCUACAAGAAACACGAGCGCUUAAUUAAUGAGAAAAAUGAGAUGGAGGAAUGCUUUAAGAGUGGUGAGGAAUUGCCACAAAUAUUUCCACAGAAAUACUUGCACGUCCUUAAUGAGAUUUAUCGCUUGGAAGAAGAAUUAAAUCUUAAUCAUCAAUUUUCGGAUGGUAAUGUUUGUCAAGAAAUCUUUGAAAUAGAUAGUUCCUCUGACCAGAAACUAAUUGAUCAGCUAAGUUAUCCAAUAUUUGAUGAUUUUGAUGUUGUCAGUGAUAAAAUUGAAAUGUCAAGAGCUAUGGAAAGAAUAGACAUUGGAAAAAUCCUGGAAGCCAGAAAUAAAGUUGAGCAAAGGAUUAGUGAAGUCUUUUGGAGAAAAGAUGAUGUUGAGGAAGGGACUGUAAAGAAUUUAGAUUUAAAAGUCAAGACAAUUGAGAAUUUUGAUCUGAUUCAGGCAAAAGUUGACUCUGAAAAUUCUAAAGUUGAAUUAAAAUUUGAUGAAGUUGACCAACUUAGCAAUAAUCAGAUUGAUACAAAAAGCCCGGAAUUUACUACAGAUAUCCAGGAUGUUGUCAUUGAAAAUAAGGAACUGAUCUACAUAAAUGAGAAAUUUCCAUUUAAAACCAAACAGUUUGACAUAGAAGCUGAUUAUUUGGAUAGCAUAAGCAAUGAAUUCUUCACUUUUAAGAAUCUAAUCCUUGAAAUUUGUGAUCAAGCCUCCUCCAGAAGCAAUCAAAGUUGUCAAGUACCAAUUACUUCAUUUCCAAACAGUCUUGAAGACCUUUUAUCAGAAAAUCAAGCAAUAAAUGACAAAUCCCCUGAUACUUCCAUCACUUUCACACCAAUAUUCUCACAAAAUCUUGACACAAAGCUAGCUCAGACUCUUAAAGUAUUCACUGAAAAUUACAUCGAGGACUUGUGCGAUAUUUCAAAGAUCCCCAAGCACCAUCCCUCAUUUGAAGACAUGCGAAUAAAAUUUAUUCAUGAAACAACAUCAAAUGUUGAUGCAGGACAAAAAAAUGAUGACAUUCAAGAUAUUUCUCAAGUGUCACAUGAAAUAUGCAAAUCUCAAUCAUCGAUUUUAAGGACAAAGAGUGUCGAAUCAUCAAAAUUGUUGAAAUUGACAAACGAUGCAAAAAUGAAUGAGAAUUUCAUCACAUACUCAAGUCAAAAGAAUGAAACGAGCAGUGACUAUAAGUCUUAUAAUUAUUCAAGAGAUAUAGCAUUAUUAAGUAUCGAAAAUCCACAAUCAGCAAUAAAAAUUUUGUAUAAUUGAGCAUGGAAUACUGAAAAUAAUGAGAACAAGUUCGAUAAAUUGCUCUUGCAUGUUUAAUUCAUUGUUAUUGUUAUCGUCCAAUGACUGUCAUGAUUAAUUAAUUUCCAUUAGCAAUUUAUAAUGACAUGAUGCAAUAAAUACAUUCCA